UCGUAAUAUUUAAUACAUAAUACUUAUUUUACUUAAUGUUGUUAUAUGUUAAAAAACUGCAUAUGUAUGAGAAGGAAUUGUGAAAUAUAUCAUACAUAAAUUCUAUCUAUAUGAUAUUUUAGUGUAUAAGAAAUACAGUUAACACUUUGAGUGACAUUUAUAAUUUUUUUUAUUCUUUAUUAAUAUUCUAUUUCUUAUUUAAUUAUUUUUAUCUUUGUUUGUUAGAAACAACAAGAUUCAAGAAUAACAAUGGAAGAUUUACAAAAUUUUAAUCUUUCAAAAUUAAUUAAAUUUUUACAUCGAACCUUGAUUCUGACAGAAGAAGUAAAAACUAUACUAAAAGCAAAUUGUGAAGAAGCAAUGUAUUGUUUAAAACCAUGGUGCGUAGAAGUUAAUCCUCAACAAGAAGUUAAUAAAAAUGUUUGUACUUGUCCCAAAUCCAAAGAUGAAGAUGAAGAAAUUGCUGCAGAUAUUAGUAGAACGUUAUUACAAACACAACAAUUACGAGAGAAAUCAUCUUUAAAUAUAAAAAAUCAAAAAAUUUUUAACAUACAUGAAUAUUAUCAAAAAACUGAAAAUAAGAAAAAAAAAAAGAUUCAAAAUUUAAAUGUUAAUAAUAAGAACAUGAAUUUAAAACAAGAUCUUAAUGCUAUAAAACAAAAUAAUCAAAAUAUGAGAAAUGAUAAAGAAGUACAAAAUGAGAUAGAUGCAUAUACAAUUAAAAAAACAAAGAAUAAUAAUCAAUUAUUAAUAAAUUCAAUAAAAUUUAGAGAAACUAAAAAUUUUCUUGUAAUAAAUAAAAGAAAUGUUAAAAACAUUGAAAAAAUAUUAGAGCAAUGUAUGCAAAAUUAA